UCUAAAUGGCAAUCAUCAAUGCCGUCCCGUCGCAGUCACACAAAAUCCAGGAAAGGGUGUUUGGAGUGUAAAAGGCGACAUGUUAAGUGUGAUGAAGGCGUUCCAAAGUGCAGCUUGUGCAGAAAGCGCAGAUUGGAAUGCAGCUAUCCACCUCCAAAUGAAGAUAUAGACAGUCCCCAGGACUCUUCCAUCACCCACGACGAGUCCGAAAGUGGUUCAGCGGCGACCACAGAGCUUCCACAAGCAACGCGCAUGCUCGAGGCCAGACUAUUCCACCAGUAUAUGACAUCGACCCAUCAGACUUUAUCGCAAGACGGAUUAUCGGCACAUCACCUCUCAAUAAACAUACCUCGCCUGGCAACAACCUUUUGCUACCUACUCGACGGUAUAAGCGCAUUAUCGGCCCUACACUUAGCCUCGGUGGAAACGGAAAACAGGGCGUCCUGGCUGGACGCUGCCCUGCGAUAUCAAAGCCAAGCAUGUUCUGGACUAGGCAAGGUGCUCGCAAAUAUAACAACCCGGGACUAUGAGCCUGCAUUCGUCACAUCCAUUUUCAUAAUGCUUUUCGCCAUGGGUUACCGAGUUAUCUCCGUGGAUAACAAGCCCCCCGACCCGCUCGCUCUAGUUCGUGAAGUUCGAACCUUAAUAUCGGGUCCAGCCAUGCUCUUUGACCGGAUUGUCAAAGAGGGAUAUAGUGCCCAUUUGGAGAGCUGGCUUCAUGUCCCUGAGACUAGAGAAGCCUUGCCAAGCGGGUCAAAUUCUCGAGAUAUAAUAACGUCGUUGGAUCGACUACGUACGACUAUUGAUUUGAAGAAAGGACCGCACCACCUAGCGUACCAAGCUACCUGGCAGCAAUUAUACCAGGCCAUCGAACCAUGGCCCAAAAUCGGACCACAAGGCGGCCCUCUUGCCUGGCCGCUGUUCCUCUCCGACGAGUUCUUUACGCUCAUUCAGAACGACGACUGGAUCGCGCGAAUUCUGUUUUUGCAUUACGGCAUGGCUAUGCGGCUUCUUUGUCAUCGAUGGUACGUGCGCGAUUGGGGUCGUCGACUAGUGUUGGCCACGUUGGAACCGCUGGACGAGAUUCCACAGGAAUGGAAGGAUACGAUAUCAUGGAUCAGACAGGCCGCAGAGAGAGAAGACUAG